UAGGUUAUGUAUGAGUUGAAAAGUCGGUACUUUCGAUCCACGAUCGUUUUAUACAAAUUUCUGUAUAAAACGCAUUUGAAUUGACACGUUACCGUUGUUAUUAUGUGACUCGUUAUGCUGAUUCCAAGAAUCAGAUUUCGGUUAUCGCCACCGAGUGCUCAGAGCAUUCAACGUAAUUUGGAACUGCAUUAUUCCGAUUAUAAAGUCUCGUACAAGCGCGCUGAUUUUAAACCGGAUCCAAAGGUUGUCGCUCUACGAAAUAAAUUGUUGUAUUGCGAUCAUUUGGACCACACGACUCUGAAUACAUCGUAUAAAGAACAAAAAUUGAAGGCAAAACAACAGCAUGCAUAUAAGCGAUAUCAAACGUAUAAAGAGUUGGCCUACAACGUAGUACAUAGUACCUUAUUGAAUAAUGUGGUCAGGGAAAAGGAACAGGAAACAAUGAUCGAACAAGAAGAAGAUUGUACAAACACAGAAACAGAAACAGAAAAUUGGAAACCUGUACAUAUGCCGUAUUCAAGAUUAGAUUCGUACGAAGCUACUAAUACAAUGUUGGAAAAUGACAAAGAGGAACCAUUAAACAAAAAGUAUAAAGAUAUGUACGAAAACUAUUUGGAGAUAAAGAGAAAUACCGUAGAGAGCAGUAAUAAAAUUACUUUUGAAGAUCAUAUGGAACAUGCUGCUAGGAAUACAUUACCAAAAGGAGAGUUGUGGAAAGUUCCAUCAACUUGGAUGUCUGAUUAUGAACAGUACGACGAACAGUAUGAACUUACAGGGGAUACGGAUUGGUAUAAAAAUUAUGGAACACCGGAUCCAUCUUCCCAGGUUACUUUUAUACCAUGCGGUGGUUGCGGUGCUUUGUUACAUUGCAAGGAUCCUGCUAUUCCUGGAUAUUUACCAUCCGAAUUAAUUUUACACAGAGACAACGAAGAUUUGAAAACAACUAUUUGUCAAAGAUGUCAUUUUCUAAAGUUUUAUAACGCUGCCUUGGAAGUCAAAGUAUCCAUAGAAGAUUAUCCGAAACUCUUAAGCGUAGUAAAAAGAAAAAAAUGCGCGAUUCUCUUAAUAGUCGAUUUGACAGACUUUCCUUGCAGUAUUUGGCCCGAUUUGAAGACUAUUUUGCAUCCUUUUACACCCAUAUUUCUAGUUGGGAAUAAAGUCGAUUUGUUGCCGAGAGAUUCUUUGCAUUUCUUCGACAAUGUUAAGAACCAAUUGUUGAAUUCGGUAAUCGACAGAACCGGCGUAAAAAGAGCAAAUAUUACGCACGUUGAACUAACGUCCGCGAAGACUGGAUUCGGCAUAGAGGAUUUGAUAAGUAAAUUGCAAUCGAAAUGGCAGUACAAAGGAGACGUUUACAUGGUUGGGUGUACGAACGUCGGGAAAUCUUCUAUGUUCAAUGCUUUGUUAAACUCCGAUUACUGUAAAGUGCAAGCCAUUGACCUUGUACAACGCGCCACGAUUUCCCCUUGGCCGGGAACGACGUUAAAUUUACUGAAAUUUCCCAUUUUAAAUCCGACCAGUAAGAAGCGUCGUGCAAGAUCGCUGAGGCUUCAAGAGGAAGAAAUUUACAAACGGAUGGAGUCAAGCUACAAGGAUUAUCAGUUUAAAGACACGAAGAGAAUGAAUUACGCGACGUUGGAAGGGUAUAUCGGCAGAACGUUUAGCGGAAGAUCGAGCGUCGAAACAGCCGAUUCUUUCUCGGAAAUGUCGCACAACUUCAUGGAAAGAAAACUUUGUUUGGACGAAUCUCUACCGGAAUAUAGACAGAGUCGUUGGUGUUACGACACGCCCGGUACUAUUCAUCAGGAUCAAAUAUUGGACUUGUUAACGACCGACGAACUGUUGGCAACCCUGCCGGAAACGAUCAUAACGCCGAGAACGUUCAUUUUUAGGCCGAAAGAAACCGUGUUCGUGGCUGGCAUGGGAAGACUGGACUUUGUGGAGGGAGAUCUUUACAUUCGGUGUACGCUCUUCACGAGUAGAAAACUACCUGUUACGAUGUGUUACACCCAUGACGCGGACGACGUUUACAAUCAGCUUUUAGAAACCGAAGCUUUCGUUGUUCCUACGAACGAUCCCGAAAGACUAAAAACAUGGCCGAGAUUGAAGUCGAAAGAAAUGAAACUCACAGGCGUCAGCAAGUACGAAUCUGUCGCUGACAUUGUUUUGUCAAGCAUAGGUUGGAUCGCGAUCACGGCCCAAGAAAACCAAAACGUUACCUUAAACGCGUGGACGCCCGAAGGUCGUGGUAUAUAUGUAAGGUCUCCGGCGUUGUUGAAAAAAUCCGUGACACUUCGCGGCGCAAAAAUACAGGGAACUCCUAUGUACACUUACGGGCGAAAAGUUUACGUUAAAUAAAAUCGCCCUGACACCUGCACGUGUGUGAAAAGCAACGAUCAUCUUUUCGUACAUUUCGACAGUUUAUUCGUUUCUGUAAAUAUUACAUUUACUGUUCGUCGAUAAUGUUACGAGAAUGUUUAGUUUAAUUUACCG